UAGCCUUUAUUCAGCUAAAACCAAACAUAAAACCGUCUGUUUGGUUAAAAUUUGCAGUUAUAGAAUCCAAUUUGUUGCGGAAAUCGAUUGGACUGGAUUUUGUUAUGGAUCAGCUGUCGAUCAACCAGAAGGUUUUUAUCCGACGUUCGGAUGGCCGAGUCCACUUGGCUGGGAUUAUUAAGCUGGAGGGCGGUGCCAGCAAUCUGGUGACGGUGGAAUGGCCCGAAGGACAUGCGGUGAGGGGCAAGGAGCUGCCCCUGGAACUGGUGGUCCUGAUGAAUCCCCAGAUCUUCGAUCCGCCCCGUUGCAGCGGCACACUGGCCUCCAUACCGCCGCGUUCGAUGAAACAACGCAUGGCAGCCGGAAGUUUUCCGCCUCGCCUAGCUACUGCCUCUCCCCGCCAGGUGGCGCCACCCAGUCGAGAGGAUGAUGUGGUGCUGCAGGUGGAGAGGCUGCGAAAGCAACGGGAACGAAGGCGGGAAACUCAGGCGCAGACUCGCCAGCGGCGGGAACAGGAGAAGAGCGAGGAUCCGGGGAAUCCCAACUGGGAGGUAGCCAAGAUGAUACGGCUGCAACGUCUGCAGAUGGAGAGUUCAGGGGUCAAGAGUCGUACUACCAAUAAGCCCGCCAAGGAACACCAGAUUGUGGUUUGUGUGCGAAAGAGACCGCUGAGACGCAAGGAGCUCGCAGAUCGCGAACUGGAUGUAGUGAGCAUUCCUUCAAAGGACAUGCUGGUGGUUCACGAACCGCGCAAGCAUGUAAAUCUGGUCAAGUUCCUGGACAACCACAGUUUCCGCUUCGAUUAUGUUUUCAACGAGGAUUGCUCGAAUGCCACGGUAUAUGAGUUCACCGCACGCCCCUUGAUUCGACACAUUUUCGAGGGCGGCAUGGCCACCUGUUUUGCCUACGGACAGACCGGAAGUGGCAAGACCCACACGAUGGGUGGCCAGUUCACCGGAAGUCGGCAGCAGAGCUCUAUGGAUGGGAUCUAUGCAAUGGCCGCCAGGGAUGUGUUUUCCUGCCUAAAAUCUCCAGCCUAUGAUGGUUUGAAACUAAAGGUCUCCUGCAGUUUCUUCGAGAUCUAUGGCUCCCGGGUCUAUGAUCUCCUGAUGCCGGGCAAACCGCAGCUGAGGGUCCUGGAGGAUGGCAAGCAGCAGGUGCAAGUGGUGGGUUUAACUGAGAAUCCCGUGAAGAACACUGGCGAUGUUUUGGCCCUACUCGAAAUGGGCAACAGUGUCCGAACCUCGGGUCAAACCUCUGCGAAUUCCAAAUCCUCCCGUUCCCAUGCUGUCUUCCAAAUUGUGCUGAGAUCCUCGGCGAAUGAGCGUUUGCAUGGAAAGUUUUCGCUCAUAGAUUUGGCGGGAAACGAGAGGGGAGCGGACAACAGUUCAGCGGAUCGUUUGACCCGCCUGGAAGGAUCGGAAAUUAACAAAUCGCUGCUGGUUUUGAAAGAAUGCAUUCGGGCCCUGGGUCGCCAGUCGGGUCAUUUGCCCUUCCGGGGCUCCAAACUCACUCAGGUCCUGCGGGACUCCUUUAUCGGAGGCAAGAAGGUCAAGACCUGCAUGAUAGCCAUGAUCUCGCCCGGCUUGCACUCGGUGGAGCACACUCUGAAUACCCUACGAUACGCAGAUCGAGUGAAGGAAUUGACCGCGGAGUGUGUAUCGCCAAAGCGACUGAUGAAGACAGCUGCCAACUUCGAAAGCAGCUCCAUGCCAGAUAUCGUUGGGCAAUCCCAGAGUGAGAGAACCUACCCAUCUGCCUCGGCCACUUCGCUGCCAGGAGUGGGAAAUCAGUCGAAUCCAGAGAAACGAGUUGUUGACACCACCAACGAUCUGAAUAGGCUCCAGGGAGGGGAGUCUGAAAGGAAAUCGCGACGCGCCCAGGAAGCUUCCAUAAUGCUGGCCAAAUCGCUGGCACAAUUCAGAGGGUGCAACUUUCCCUAGAUCUUAAG